AUGGAGAAACUUGCUGAACUGAAGAGCAAGUUGUUGAAGUUUCUGCCACGACAACCCGUAGCUUCAAUUCAGAAACCGAAUUUGAGUCCUAGCCGGAGCGUCGCCGGAAACCGAAGCCCAUGCCACAUCGUUUCCAUAUUCCCAAAAGAAGCUCGAAGAAAGCUCAGAAACUCGAGCUUCAGUGCACGAGAGCCGUCAUCGCCAAAGGUCUCGUGCAUGGGUGAGGUAGAUCAGCUCAUGAAGAAGAAGAAGAAGGGGAAGAAAAAGAAGACAAAGGCUCGUGAUCAUCAGAGUACUGGAAAAGCUGUAAAGAAGGAGAAGAUGCUGCUUUGGAUUUUCAAGGGAAGUGAUGAUCAGUGUGAGAUCAGUCCAAGGAAAGGUGGGGAAGCUCUGGAUUUGGAGGUUGCAGAGAAAGCGAAGGCACAGCGUCACGCGCAGAACGCUCCUUCGCUGGCCACGAUGAAGAAAUUUCCAAGUGGCAGGGGGACCUUGUCUGAUUUUGACGUUAAACUCGCACAACUUUCAAGUGGGUGA